GUGUGUGUAUGUACAAAACACGGCCUGCUGAAAUAAAAAUACAUGUAGUGCUCAAACAAGCUCUGCAAGCUGUCUCUUCUGUUCUGCAGUAUUACUGUGUGUCGUGACUCGCGAAUUUUGGAUCAACACCACUGAAAAUGUAGAAUUUAGGAACUUCAACCAAUGAGCAGGAAAAACGAGACUCUGCAUAUGAAACUUCGUCUGAAACAGGGAGGACAACCUGUGGACUUUAUUAAACACCACCAUCUCUGUCUACAAGGACACCAUGUAUAGUUGACACGAGGUCAAAGGUCACAGUUCACCCAACCCCAACUCGAAACAAUACACGCCUUCACCAUGAGGGUGUGCGUAAACUAUUCCUCGAUGCUGAUUUUAAUUUGUACAAUAGCAAGCCAGUUGAUUUUAACGAGCCAAUCCGGAAUUGGCGGGGAUUAUUCAGGGAGCCUGUUUUCACCUUGCGGCUUUUUUAACGACACAGAUGACAUUCCAGACAUCAAAACAGAUUUUUCUACACAACUUGUUAGUAAUGAGUAUAUUAUCACAUUUAAGAGGUACUACAGUCAGCAGACUCGACUGAACUUCAUCUCCGCAGCUUUGAGGACAAUCAUGUCACUCUCUUGGAGUGUGAAGCCCCGUUCAAACUCUGCCACUAAGUACCCAAGCGACUUUGAAGUACUCGCGAUCAUAGCCGAGAAGGAAGAGAGUCUCAAAGCAUUAGAGCAGCAUCCAUCCAUUAAACAAGUCACUCAACAAAAGCAAAUUACCAGAUCCAUCAAGUCUGAAUCUAAUCAUGCUGAAGCUGAAGAUGAUUCUGACGACACACACGACUGUAACAGCUCCACCGAUCCUUUGUGCUGGGCACCCAAGUGGAAAUCCUCUCGACCAAUGAGAAGAGCCAGUCUGGGCUUGACACAGGGGUCAUCGCUCUGGCAGUCAACAGGUCACCAUAGCAACAGACGGUUACUACGUGCAGUACCCAGGGAAAUCACAGACAUCAUGGAAGCAAACGUUCUAUGGGAUAUGGGUUUCACAGGAGCUGGCAUCAAUAUAGCCGUCUUUGACACUGGCCUAAAGGAAAAACACCCCCAUUUCAAGAAUGUAAUGGAGCGGACCGAUUGGACAGAUGAGAAGAAACUGAAUGAUGGACUGGGUCAUGGCACUUUUGUUGCGGGGGUGAUUAGCAGUACUAUGGAUUGUAAGGGAUUUGCCCCCGACGCUAACUUGUACAUAUUUAGAGUGUUCACAAACAGCCAGGUCUCCUACACCUCCUGGUUCCUUGAUGCCUUCAACUAUGCAAUCCUUAAGAAGAUCAAUGUUUUGAAUCUUAGCAUCGGGGGACCAGACUUCAUGGACCACCCCUUUGUUGACAAGGUUUGGGAGCUGACUGCCAACAAGGUCAUUAUGGUUUCAGCUAUUGGAAAUGACGGACCUCUAUAUGGGACGUUAAACAACCCUGCUGAUCAGAUGGAUGUCAUUGGUGUCGGUGGUAUCAAUUUUGAAGAUAACAUCGCAAAGUUUUCCUCUCGUGGUAUGACCACAUGGGAGUUACCAGGUGGUUACGGUCGACUCAAGCCAGACAUCGUUACAUAUGGCUCGGCUGUCAGGGGAUCAGGCAUGACCCAAGGCUGCAGGACGCUUUCUGGAACCUCAGUGGCUUCACCUGUCGUAGCAGGUGCUGUUGGGUUAUUGGCAAGUUCUAUAGCGGACCGCCAGUGGGUUUUAAACCCGGCCAGUAUGAAGCAAGCUUUGAUGGCCUCGGCACGCCGUCUGCCUGACACCAACAUGUUUGAGCAGGGUCACGGCAAGCUGGAUCUCGUCAAAGCGUAUCAGGUGCUGAGCAGUUACCAACCUCAGGCAAGUUUGAGUCCGAGCUACAUUGACCUGACAGAGUGCCCCUACUUCUGGCCAUACUGCACCCAGCCGAUCUAUCAUGGAGCUAUGCCAACUGUUGUUAAUAUAACCAUAUUGAACGGCAUGGGAGUGACAGGGCAGGUGGUUGACAAACCGACGUGGCAGCCAUUUACACCACAGAAUGGAGACUACAUCGAGGUUGCGAUGUCGUAUUCUCCCAUCCUAUGGCCAUGGUCAGGGUACUUAGCAGUGUCCAUUACAGUAUCUAGCAGUGCCACAUUAUGGCAGGGUAUAGCCCAGGGGCAGAUAACUCUCACGGUAGAAUCACCACCAGACAAUGGGGAGGAGAAGCCAAGGAGGUCGGUUCUCGAGCUACCAGUGAAGGUUCAGGUGGUACCCACACCCCCACGUAACAAACGCAUCCUAUGGGAUCAAUACCACAAUCUACGCUACCCGCCCGGGUACUUCCCACGUGAUAAUCUACGCAUGAAGAACGACCCCUUAGACUGGAAUGGGGACCAUGUGCACACAAACUUUAAAGCCAUGUAUGAACACCUAAGAACAGCUGGAUUCUUUGUAGAGGUCCUGGGAGCACCGUUUACAUGCUACGAUGCUAAAGAAUAUGGAACGCUCCUUAUAGUGGACCCAGAAGAGGAGUUCUUCCCCGAGGAAGUGACGAAACUGAAGCGAGACAUCGACCAAGGCCUGUCGGUCAUCAUCUUUGCCGACUGGUACAACGUGACCGUCAUGAAGAAAGUGAAAUUCUACGAUGAAAACACAAGGCAAUGGUGGAUGCCGGAUACUGGUGGCAGUAACAUUCCAGCCCUGAAUGACCUCCUAUCUCCAUGGGGGAUGGCGUUUGGUGACGGAGUCUUUGAAGGAGACUUUGAACUUGCGGAAAAUAGAGCUACUUACUCAUCCGGGAGUAGCAUCAUCAAGUUCCCCUCAGGAGGCCUCUUGAUUCAUCAGACCCUGCAGGACCAGGGUCAAGAGGUCAUUCAUGGGAAGGCUGAUCAAGUCAGUAAUGUACCCAUUCUAGGGCUGUAUCAACACAGCCUAGAGUCUGGGCGGAUUGUACUGUAUGGUGACUCCAACUGCCUUGAUAGUAGUCAUAUGAAGACAGAUUGCUUCUGGCUUUUGGAGGGGCUAUUGCAGUACACAGCGUAUGAUAACCUAUCACCAAUGUUCACCCAGGCCCGGAAAUCAUCCCAUUCUCCCACCGGUCCCCUGCCUCCAGUUGGUUCCCUGCCCACCAGGAUGGAAGGUAAUCACCUUUACCGGUACUCUAAGGUAUUAGACGCCCACCAGCUGGGUACCCAAAAGCCACGCCCUCUCCCUGGGUGCCCCACCCUAGCCUGGACCAAAGGAGAACCCCUCAACAUCUCAGCGCCCAGGUAA